UCGACACUAUAGAUAAGGUAGUGACCUAGCAAUUGGCAUGUACAUGUACAUGUAUCUAAUAACAUGACUAACGAUGAGAUGUGUUUUCCCGGCAGUGGGGGAUUCGUAGCUGUCACAUCCGGAAUUGACACGUGUAUGCAUCAACCACUAAAUUUUAUAGUCGAUGGUACGCCGGUCCAUGGGGAAUCGGAGCAAAAAGGCGCGAUUCAGUAUGGCGACUCCAGAGGUUAACGAGAAUGGCAUGGCUGUACCCGAAGUUACAGAGAACGACACGGUAGUUCCCGAGGUCAAGGUCAUCAACGACAACAGCACGGCAGCUCCCGAGGCUAAACAGGAAAUGUGUAUAAUGUGUCUUGAGACCCCAGCAGUGACGAAGGUGGAAAUAUGUCAACACUCUUUCUGUGAAGGCUGCCUGACCUCUCACAACCCGGAGGCCAACGCCGAGGCUCUCAUAUGCCCUGCUUGCGAGGUUAAGCCGGUAGACGAAAACGAGGAAAUCAAGGAAAACGAGGCAGAUAGAGUCCUACUAGGGAAGUCUGUGGCGGAUGGGGACGACAAAGAAAACACUAAAGUUGACGGUUUCGAUAUGACAUCCCCGAAUCCUGUUGUACAUGUAGUUGACCAGAUCAAGGUGAUGGGGCCAUUCUUGGAAGGCAACUGCAAGCUGUGUCACUACCAAGGGAAUGUGGUCAAAGCGAUAAAAGCCUGCGAAGAAUGUCAGCGGCUUCCCCUCUGUGUCAACUGCAUCGAUGGCCAUCGCGCGAAUAAGGCCACAAAGGAUCACGUCAUUGCACCCUUGGGUGUCCUGAAGAGGAGGAGAGACGCCUUGUGUGAUGAUCAUAAAGAAAGUCUUGACACUUUCUGCGCGACUUGUUCGAAGUUUCUGUGUCACGUAUGUCUGUCAAUGGGACAUGCCGAACACGUCAUUGAGGCACUCAAUGACGUCAUCCACGUGAAAGUUGAGGAAAUGAGACGGGCGCUUGAGUACGAAGAGAAGAGGUUUCGACAGCUCAAAAACGAUGAGAAGAUGCUAGUGAAAUCGAAGGAAACUGCCGUGAAGAUGGAAGACUAUCUGAUCAAGCUGAUUGAGGACCACGCAGAGGAAUGCAUUGACGAAAUCCUGAAGAAUAAGGAAACACUGAAGAGGCAACUGAAGUCUGACUUCGCAGUCAUAGGCGUGUUGACCAAGCGUGUCGAAGCGAUGCCCGAACUACUCAGGGUGUCCGAGGAGAGGAAAGGUAGCGGGGAGUACCUCCUGAACGACGGAGCCGAACUUCAACCCACGUAUGUCGAGAAGUUGAAAGCUCUACUGAAAGAGCUUGACCAUUUGAAAGGGAAUCAUCCCGGGUACUGGUUGGACAAGAGGGAAUACCAGAAGGAAUUCGAGAGUCUUUGUGAAAAGGCCCCCAAGUUCUUCCCUCGAAAACCGAAUCUGGACAUUGGGGGAUUCAAAGACCCCGGCCCGUCAUGCAAGAAUGGUGGUGCAUGCGUCUGUGAGAUAUGCCAACAAGCCACCAACAAGCCUCAGUGAAAUGAGAGGAGCUGGACCCGGUUGUUCAAAGUUCCGCUGUAUGACAACCAUGCCCAAUCUUCCAAUGAAAAAGCUCUCUAAAUCGUUCUCAAGGGAACGCUGCCUGUUGAAAGGUGAAUAUUAGAAUUUAAAGGAAUACCGUACUCAAGAACCUUCAACUUGUUUGAAAAUUCUAACUUUGUAUUUAAUCAACUGCAGUAUAUAUGUACAUUAUUGUAUUAAAUGCUGAAUAAAAGU